AUGUCCGUCGUCGACCCUCUCAACGCUCUACGCGCGGCCGUCAAGGAAAAGUUCCAAAUAGUACCCGUCGAAGCCUACAAUGCGCCCGCACCCACUCUGCGCGAAGCUACCCACUUACGACUCAGCGACACUCUGACGCUUCAAAAGACGCAACCUACCCGCCUCCGCCGUGCAGCAGGCUCGAAGGCGCUUAACCCCGAGCACCAACCGGACGACUUCUUCACACUCGAAGCCGUAUACCUGGCAUGGUCCCUCCGCGAUGCAAGUGGUGCCGAAUAUAUGAAACAAGCCCGUGACCUCGUCUUCGUCGGUGUCACCGAGCGCAAGCACGUCGCAGACUGGGUCGACGGCAAAAUCCCAGACUACGACCGUAUCGUCCCCUUAGCAGGCGCAUCGACCACACCACCCGGCUCCCCCGGCCCGCAAGCGUACUUCAGACAGCUCGACGCCUCCGCCACAGCGUCUUCGGCGCCUACUGGUGCUGAACCGGCAUCGCGCGCGGGCGCUCAGGCGGGCGAGAAGCGCCGACACGUGCCGGACGCCGCGGACGUUGAAGCUGUCAAACGCAUCCGGCACCAGCAAGUCGAUCUCCGGGACCGCAACACGGUCCUGCGCGGCCCGAAGCCGACGAACUUCGCCACGCUGCGCGACUCGUACGCUCAGAAGCUCAAAGCUCUGCGCGACCCUAAGCGCUCGGGCGCUUCGGGUCCCACGAGCGCGCCUACGACUCCGGACCCGAAGCAGCGCGCGCAGAAGCAGAGGGCGCAGCAUCCGAUUAUUAUUAUCUCGUCGUCGCCGACGUCGCUCAUCACGAUGCACAACGUCCGCGCGUUCCUCGAAGACGCGACGUUCGAAGCGCCCGCCGAAGCGCGCGCUAAAGCCCAGUCACGUCCGGAAGACGUCAUCCCCAUAUACCGCACGCGUACUUCUGUCGAUAGUGCGGGUCGCGAAAGCUCACACCGCGCGAGAUAUAUGGUCGUGGACUCUGUCGAGGCGUUGAACAAGUUCGGGCCGGACUCCUGGGACCGCGUCGUUUGCGUGAUGACGACGGGACAGAGCUGGCAGUUCAGGCCGUACAAGUGGAGUGAGCCCAGGACGCUGUUUCAUCAUGUCAAGGGGGUGUAUGUCGCUUGGGCGAACGACCCGCCGAAUCCGAGGAUCAAGGAUUGGAACGUCACGGAACUCAAAAUUGACCCUCAUAGGCGACAUGUCGACAAGAGUACUGUGGCGCACUUUUGGAAGAUGUUGGAUGAUUGGACGAUGCAGCACAAGCCUGGUUUGAUGUCUUGA